AGGGUAAGAUGAAAACAAAGAAUGGGGUGAAGAAGUACACCAUAGAGUAGAGAGAAAACAGAGAAGAUAGAGGAAAGAGGGUCACCUUGUUUUUACUUUUUUCUGAUGCAGACAUCCGUGGCAGAACAGAGGGUGACUCUACAGACUGCGACAUAAAAGAGGUCAGAACAAAACAAAACAAAGAAAACAAAUAAAGCAGAAGAAAAUCAAGGAAAGCUUAGCUAGUGGCCCUAGCUCCUAUAGUCUAUUCAAAGUAACAGGAGGAGAAAAGAAGGAACCCAUAGACAAGAAUAGUGAGAGCAAGAAGAAACAGAGGUCUAUAGGGUUAUUGCUCUAAUGGAGCUCAAAUGGGGACCAAGUUUAUGUUUUCACAGCAAUUAACUGUGUUUUCUGUUUGUGGGGUUGGUUUUUCUGUGGAAUAGAAGUUAUUUUUGAAGAAAUCUUGGUAGAAAAAUAAGAUCUUGAAGAUGAUUGUAAUACCUCAAGGUAACAACCUACCAGCAAAAGGGGUUCUUGGUGUUUCUGGUUUUGUGCCUUCAAUUUCUUCAUCUUCUUCACCAGAAGCACCAAUUUGCAAGAAAGAUGCAAACUUUACAAGAAAUGAACCAGUUUCUGUGUUGGAUACAAGAAGUCCCAGUCCUUCAGCUUCAUCUUCCUCAUGCUCUUAUGGUGGCCAACAUGGUGGAAAUACUGCAGUUCCCGGAGUCGGAAGUGUGAAAACUGACGGCCUUAAAGUGGAAUUAGCGACGGAGCUGCAGCCAUUCACUGAGGGGUUGGAGCCUGAAAAAUCUGGUCUUGGAUUUGGAGAUUUGGAUAAUUUGUUGCCUGAAUUUGCCGGUUACGACCAAAGUUUUCUCCGGUGGAUUUCCGGCGAUGUGGAGGACCCAUCAGUCAGCUUGAAACAAUUACUCAAUGGGGAUUUUGGUUGUGGAGUCUCUCUUCAAAGCUCUGGAUUUGAGGUCUCAGCUACAGGUUCUUUAGCUCAUUCAGAUAAUGUCUCUUUUUCUGGUUCAAAUAUCUGUCUAAAUGCCAACAUUGAGAAACUAAGUUCUGUCAUAGAUUCAAUUAAUAGUCGAAAUAGUAACUUCGAAAACCUGAAUGUCAAUCCUCCUUUAGAACAGAAGCCUCAACCAUUUGGUCCACGAGUAAUGGCAAACCAAACCCAAUUCCAGAAUGUUUCUUGUGUUAACAAUCUAGGCUCAUCAUCAUAUGAUAUCAAUCAAGAACAGCCUCCGCCCAAACGCCACAAUUCAGGUACCCUCGGAGGGGCUCUAUUGCCUAAAGUUCCGUUUUUUGAUGCCAAUUGUGACUUCAUGUUGAGGAAACAACCAUUGGGACUAAUGCAGCCACAAGUCAAUCUACUGCCUCCUCACCAGUUUCAGCCAAAGCCAUUGAUUGUACCUAAGCUUGAGGCAGCUGGUGGUGGUGGUAAUGGUAAUUUGAUGGUGCCUCGUCAUCAAUUGCAGGAACAACAGUUUAUUUAUGACCAGAUUUUUCAGGCCUCUGAAUUAUUGCUGGCUGGACAAUUCUCAAACGCGCAAAUGAUAUUGGCGCGGCUCAAUCAACAGCUUUCUCCCAUUGGGAAACCCUCAAGGAGGGCUGCUUUUUAUAUCAAGGAGGCUCUGCAGUUGCCUUUCCUUUUGCCUUGCACAUCCACAUUUUUACCUCCAAGAAGUCCCACCCCAUUUGAUUGUGUGCUUAAAAUGGAUGCUUAUAAAGCCUUUUCUGAAAUAUCUCCUCUUAUCCAGUUCAUGAACUUCACCUCCAAUCAGGCUAUUCUCGAAGCUCUUGGGGAUGCUGAGCAAAUUCACAUAAUAGAUUUUGACAUUGGUUUUGGUGCUCAAUGGUCCUCGUUUAUGCAAGAGCUUCCAAGUAGCAAUAGAAAGGCAACUUCCCUGAAGAUUACAGCCUUUGCCUCUCCUUCAACCCACCACUCUAUUGAAAUUGGCAUCAUGCACGAAAGCUUAACACAGUUUGCUAAUGAUGCGGGAAUAAGAUUUGAGCUUGAAGUUAUUAACUUGGAUUCCUUUGACCCUAAGUCUUAUCCGUUAUCCACCUUGAGAUCAUCUGAGUGCGAGGCAAUUGCUAUAAAUUUCCCUAUCUGGUCUAUUUCAAGCUGUCCGUUUGCAUUUCCUUCACUUCUUCACUGCAUGAAGCUACUUUCUCCUAAAGUUGUUGUAUCACUGGAACGCGGAUGUGAACGUACUGAACUACCCUUAAAUCAUCACCUCAUCCAUACCCUCCAGUACUAUGAGACACUCUUAGCUAGUAUAGAUGCUGCUAAUUUAUCUCCAGACAUUGGUAAAAAGAUAGAGAGGUCUCUCUUCCAGCCUAGCAUUGAGAACAUGAUCUUGGGGCGCCUCCGAUCCCCUGAUCGGAUGCCCCCAUGGAGAAACCUAUUUGCUUCUGCAGGAUUUUCACCUGUUGCAUUUAGUAAUAUGACUGAAGUCCAGGCUGAAUGUGUUGUUAAGAGAACUCAGGUAGGAGGGUUUCAUGUUCAGAAGCGACAGACAUCACUUGUGCUAUGCUGGAAACAGCAGGAGCUCUUGUCAGCUGUAACUUGGAGGUGCUGAGGAGCUUUUCUUCUGAAGCCAGAAGAGAUUUUCUUUUAACAGCAACUACUACUAGAGGUUUUGACUCUUCAAUUUGAUGUCUGUUAAAAAAUCAAAAUUACAUUGCUAUCUGUGUCCCUGUACAAUUUUACGUUUAUGUCUCAUUCUCCUUAUGUAGUCUUGACUGUGUAGGCAUGUGUUCCGCAUUAAACAAAUCCUAAUUAUCUUGCUGUUUUGAAAUCA